UCUGGAGUCCAAAUAUCUAGACUGCCGUCCGCCUGUCCGAUACUCGACCGCUCCAGACCGUCUCUGUUUCUCACCUCAUGGCCAGGGCCAGAUCCGCGGCGCUGGUGCUGCUCGCGCUGCUCCUGGUCUGCUCGGGGGCUGCGCCGGUAGCCGCCGCUGCGGCGGGCAAAGGCAAGGGCAAGGCUGCUGCCGGGUCUGGGAGGGCAGAGGCGGGGUGCCGGGAUCUGGCCACGCGCGGCAAGUGCUUGGCGAUCGGCGGCGGAGGGAGGUGCCGGUGGUGCCGCAGCGAGGCGCUGGACGACAUGUGCUUCGGCGCAGCGGAGGCGUGGCGGCUCCCGAAGCAGGUCUUCUCCUGCGACCAGCCCGCCGGCGCCGCGCACGCCAGGAGAUAGCGCCGACGCCGCUGCUCUGCUCUGCUCCCGAUGCCGUCCCCGGGAUGGGAGGGAACAUUGUAUUCUAUACUCGCUUGAUGUGGGAUUCAACGGGCGUUUGGUCUCGUGUGUUUUACUGUCGUGUUACUCAUGUAUACGUACUACUACUUGAUUUGAUUUUAUCGAAACGGGGCUGAUCGCGGCCGAAUUUAUCUGCUUC